GGACGGUGUAUGAGGCAAUAAUCUCCCCUUUCGAAGGGGGGCAAUUCGCGAGAAGGCUUAGCCUGCUGUUACACUCCAGUGCAACUCGCCUUUAAAAGCUGAUCCUUUUUCUUUGCCCCCUUCGCCCCCCUUCCUUCCCUUUUCUUCUCUUUUCUUUUUACUCUUCCUCUUCGAUUGAUACCCAUCCAUCCCCGUCGCUCUUUUCCCACGGUAGUCACUCUUUUCAUCCUACCCAUCCAACUCAGUCAUUCAUUCUUUACUUGCAUUCUCCGGAAUCCACUCAGUUAUUCUCCUCGUCAGUCUUCGUCUCAGUCAGAAGGAAGAACAAAACCAAAAAUCGGAAAUCAUACACAAUGCGUUUCUCCAUCGCCGCUGUCUUCUCGGCCGUUGCCGCUCUGGUGUCUGCUCACACCGACCCCGACUACAACCAGAGCCCUACUGGCAAUGCCAUCUACACUCCCGGCCUGAACCAGCAGGUUGAGGCUGGCAAGCCCUUCGUCAUCACUUGGGACCCUACCACCGAGGGACCUGUCUCCCUGGUUCUUCUGCGUGGCCCCAGCAACAACGUGGUCCCCAUCGACACUAUCGCUGAGCAGGUCCCCAACUCGGGCAGCUUCACCUGGACCCCCAGCACCUCGCUGGAGGACGACGUCACCCACUACGGUCUCAUGAUCAUCGUCGAGGGUACCGGCCAGUACCAGUACUCCACUCAGUUCGGUGUCACCAACCCUAGCUACGGUUCUUCCUCUUCCUCCUCUACUACUGCUAAGGCUGCUCCCACCACUGCUCCUGCCGCUGUUACGACCCACGGUGCCUUCUCCACCAGGUACGAGACCUACGAAGUUACUACGACCAUCUGCCCCGAGAGCGCUGCCCACCCUACCGGCAAGGCCCCUGCUUCCAGCAUCCCUCUGAUCGGUACCGGCCGUGUCUCCGUCCCCGCCGUUUCUCCCAGCCAGACUCCUGUCCGUCCCGGCCAGCCCAAGGCCUCCACCCUGGCCAGCUCGGCCGUGCCCUCCGGCACUCCUUCCUCGACUGGUCCCUCGACGCCCGUCUUCACCGGUGCUGCCGGCCGCAACGUCGUUGGAUUCGGUGCCGUUGCUGCCGGUGUUCUGGCUGUGCUUGCUUUCUAAAUCUCUUGAGAUCUUUUGUGCAUUCAUUUCUAUCGCUUUCCAGAAUCAGUGUGAAGCGUAAUGUUUCUUUUUCUAGGCAUGUAUUUCACACAUUUUAAUAGUAUGAUAGCAUAGCUCGGAACCCAAAGCUUUUCUCAACAUUCACCCGCGCUGUUCUAAGUACCUCUCCAUGACCUGAAACUGAGUCUGUGUCAGUAGGUAGUACAAGGGGUAGUUGUUG